UGAAAUCGGGAGUCGCUCGUUAUCUCCCUCGUGACGGGAGAGCCACUCUCGCACACAGAGUCGCAGCAGCUCGAUUCAAAAAAACAUGUGAGCUCCCUCUGCACUACAGCAGCAGGGGAUCUUUUUGAAUAAGAGGAGGAGGCAUUCUCUCGUUGCUGGGUCCCGUUCGCUUCGGAUCCGAGCUGCAGGACGCGAGGAAGCGAAGGAAGCUUCAUAUAUACGUGUGUCAGCCAUGAUGCUUUUUCGACUCGAGUUUUGUAUUGUAGACCUACCUAAUGGCUAUUUAAGGCUCUUGGUUUCAAGUAGGUAAAGUUAAAGUCACAAAAUAUGGGUCGUGGAGUUGGUGCUGGUGGGGGACAAAGUUCUCUGGGCUACCUUUUUGGCAGUGGAGAGGCUCGAAAACCCACUGAACAUAAUGGAGGAGCUCCAACCAAGGUACCUGACACUAGUAAAGGAACUUCUUCCAAGUCUACUGCUUCCGUGCCACCAGUAGAUGUCACUAAGCAGAUUCCAGCGGGCAUUCAGGGGAGCCAGGCAAACAACUAUUUCCGCGCUGAUGGUCCAAACAGCGGCAACUUCAUCACGGACCGGCCUUCAACUAAGGUCCACGCCGCCCCUGGUGGCGGAUCUUCCUUGGGCUACCUGUUUGGAGGUGGUGGCAAUGGAAAUUGAUGCGCCAGAUCCCCAAUGAUUUCUAAAUUACUUAGCAGGAAUUUCGCUUUAAGUUGGAUGAAUUUUGAAUAUCAUCACGUCUAGCCUUCAAGUAGAUGCUGCCUUAGUUAUGCAGCCAUGUAUUAUAUAGUUAUACUCAUUUUCUGGAUUUUACCCAGCUAAUCAUGACUUCUAGAACUUUAAUGCAUGAGUUGCCUCAUGCCCAACAAAGCAACUAAAUUCUCAGUUUGUC